AUGGCUCAACCACAAGAUCAGCAGGUGAUGCGGAGAAAGCUCGUCAUCAUUGGCGACGGUGCGUGUGGUAAAACGUCGCUGUUGAGCGUCUUCACCCUCGGCUACUUCCCCACGCGAUAUGUGCCUACUGUCUUCGAAAACUACGUUACCGACUGCAGAGUAGACGGCAAGAGCGUGCAAUUGGCUCUGUGGGAUACAGCGGGGCAAGAAGACUACGAACGCUUACGCCCAUUGGCCUAUAGCCAGGCCCAUGUUAUUUUGAUUGCGUUUUCCGUGUCCAGUCCUGACUCGUUAUCGAAUAUCACGACGAAGUGGCAUCCCGAAGUCCUCGAUCGCUGUCCAGGCGUUCCCAUUAUUCUCGUUGGCCUCAAGAAAGACUUGCGUGACGAUCCAGUGGCACAAGAGGAAAUGCGGAAGCGGUCUGAGAAGUUCCUCACUCCCGACGAGGGAGAAGAGGUGCGGAAAAGGAUAGGCGCGAAAAAGUACCUCGAAUGCUCUUCGUUGACUGGCGAGGGCGUGGACGACGUCUUCGAAGCUGCUACCAGACAGUCACUGCUCAGCGGAGGCAAGGAAGGAAACAGCAGAGGCUGUUGCACUAUACUCUAG